CUUUGAGUGUGCUUCAUGAAACAUGUUUGCUGUAACAUCUGCGCGGCUCUGCUGGACUUUACUGUCUGUCUCCCUCGUGGGCUUUACCUGUGCAGGAUCAUUUGUAGUGAAUGUGACUCAGACCUCCUGUCAGGCAGAGGAGAACCACAACAUCACACUGGAGUGGACGUUCACAGUAGAAACAGGCAGAUCCCCCACAUAUCUAAUAAUUUACUGUGACCUGAUAACUGAUGAUAAACUCUCAGUCCUGUAUCAUGUCCGUGAUGGUGCUGAAGUCUCAGAGUCUCAGGAUGAAAGGUUUUCAGGACGAGUUCAGGGUGACAAAGACGCCCUCAGAGAAGGACGAAUCAGACUCCAGCUGUGCAGACUCAGGACUGAGGACUCGGGUCGAUACAGAUGUGAAGUAAACACAGAUUAUGGCUUCAGCUCUGCGAGCUGUAGACUCAACGUCACUGCUUACACCCUUGAUCCAGGAGGACAAUAUUUCCUCCCAUUCGAGAUUGGUCUUCUGACGGGCGAACUCUUCGAGAUCUGCUCUCAGGCUUUUGAACUUGGUCACCCACAUCUCUUUAUCCGCUAUGUCGACCAGUUCAAUAUCAUGAUCAGACUGACUUAUCCCAGUGAAUACAGAUGUGUUAAGCAGGGAUGGGUCGAUGUCCAGCAGUGUGACGAGGAUGGCCACAGUGGGGCGCCGACGCAAGGGGAGCUGUGGUGGCAUCGCAGGAUGGACUCGGAUGCAGAACGCAAGCUGGGCAGGGAUGUGAUGGGCCCAGUGGAAGGACAAGAGGCUCCUCCUCAUCUACCUUGA